AUGCAUCUUUUCACUUCCUUGUUUUUCACCGGGCUACUGUCCUUGCAGCCAGCCAGGGCAGCCCCUUCCUCACUACUUCAAGCAAUUGAAGUCCGUCAGGACGCAAGUUGCAACACCGUGUCAGACCGCGCUUGCUGGACCGAUGGCUUCGACAUCAAUACUGAUUUUGAGGCCAAGACACCGCUUACAGGUGUUGUCAGGCCCUACACACUGACUCUAACCGAAGAGACCAAUUGGAAAGGGCCAGACGGAGUGACGAAAGAUAUCGUGAUGUUAGUCAAUGGCGACAUCAUUGGCCCAACAAUUUAUGCCCAUUGGGGAGACACCAUCUCUGUUAAAGUGAUCAACAACUUAGAGAGUAAUGGCACGAGUAUCCACUGGCACGGAGUACGACAAGUUGGCAGCAAUCUCCAUGACGGCGUGAAUGGCAUCACUGAAUGUCCUAUCCCACCCAAAGGUGGGGAGCGGGUGUAUACCUUCAUAGCGCGCCAAUAUGGGAGCGCAUGGUACCACAGCCAUUUCAGCGCUCAGUACGGUAACGGAAUCAUUGGUCCCAUUCAAAUUGAUGGGCCAGCAAGUCUGCCUUACGAUGUUGAUCUUGGCCCGAUGCUCUUGACGGAUUAUUAUCAUGAAUCCGCAGACAAUCUUGUUUUAUACACGGAAACCAACGGCCCUCCUCCAAGCGACAACGUGCUGUUCAACGGCCAUGCAGUAAAUCCGUCGACAGGAGAUGGGGAGUAUGGGAAGCUGACCCUCACUCCCGGCAAGAGACAUCGCCUUCGCCUUAUCAAUACUAGUGUCGACAACCAUUUCCAAGUCUCGAUUGUCAAUCACGAUAUGACCGUGAUUGCUUCCGAUUUUGUUCCUGUGAACGCAUUUACUACGGACAGUCUCUUUAUUGGUGUAGGCCAGAGAUACGACGUCACAAUCGAAGCAAACCAAGACAUUGGAAACUAUUGGCUGAAUGUGACCUUCGGUGGAGGAAAUCUCUGCGGAAUGUCAAACAACCCCUACCCAGCCGCAAUUCUCCACUAUGAUGGCGCUCCUGAUGGUCUGCCAACCAAGAAGGGCACACGCCCAAGAGAUCACAACUGCCUAGACCUGCUCGACCUCACUCCUGUUGUCGAGCGCAAAGUUUCAACCGAAUUCACGCCCUCUGCUGACAAUACUAUGGAGAUCCAACUUCCUGCAGGCCCAAAAUUUGUAUGGAAAAUCAACAACAAGUCCAUCAGGACAGUUUGGCAGAAUCCAGUUGCACAAUACGUUGCCGCUAAUCGCACGGACUACCCGGAAACAAACAGCAUCUGGUCUGUGAAUGCUGUAGACCAAUGGGUCUACUGGCUCAUCGAGAAUGAUCCGGAAGGAGCCUUUAGCCUUCCGCAUCCAAUCCACCUCCACGGACACGACUUCCUCGUCGUUGGUCGUUCGCCCGAGGCAGCCCCCGCAACGCAGACCAAGUUCGCGUUUGACGCAUCCAGACUGAACGGCAACAACCCUGUUCGACGUGAUGUAGCCAUGCUUCCAGCAGCAGGCUGGCUGCUCCUUGCUUUCAAGACGGACAACCCUGGUGCAUGGUUGAUGCAUUGCCAUAUUGCGUGGCAUGUCUCCGGUGGGCUGGGGAUGACAUUCCUCGAGCGUGUGAGUGACUACCGAGCUGGGCUGAAACAGAGCGAUGUCGAUGUUCUCAAUGAACAAUGCAAGGCUUGGAAUGAUUACUUCCCCCACAACGCUCCAUGGCCGCAGGUGGACUCCGGACUUUAA